GAGCAAAAAUAAAGGGGAAUUUGUUUGAAUAACGCCCCAACUACUUCUUAGUUUGUUGUAAAGUUGUUAAUGUCAUUUGAUUCUGUUUAUUUUCCAAAAGUUUAAAGUGAAUAAAAUGAAGAGCGAUAUAUUAAUAACCUUACUGUUUUGUACCAUAUUCAAUGGAGGUCUCUCUGCAUCAUCGAGUUCAGAAGACGCUUUGGUUUAUGAAAAAGAAGACUUGGACAGUAGUCAAGAUUCUUCAGAAGCAGACGACGAUAGUAAAAUUUAUAAAAAUCCUAGAAACUCGCCAUCUGUUGAUUGCCCAAGAGAUGAAGAGCAGGCAACAUUAUUUGGUCAGAAAUGCCUAAGAAAAUGCUCCUCCGAUGAAGAUUGCAAAAGUAAAAAGAAAAAAUGUCUUUGUGAUGGCGUUUGUGGAAUGUCUUGUAUAAAACCAGAUAGAGAAUGUCCGGAACUUUCACAACCUCUAAUUGGCACUGUGUCUAUAGCCGGUCGAAAUUUUGGAGCUUCUGCAAACUAUGCAUGUCCAAAAGGAUAUCAUGUAGUUGGAUUGGAAAGUCGGUUAUGUCAGGCUGAUGGAAAUUGGGCGGGCGUGGAACCUGCGUGCAAACAAAACAUAUAUUGUCUUGUUCCUCCUACAAUUGAACAUGCUAGGCAUUCCGCUUUACCGGUGCAAGGAACAUUUGAUUUAGAUUCAACAGUCCAAUACCAUUGUUUUAACGGAUUCGUCACAAACGGAUUUCCAAGAGCAAAAUGCUUGGCAAUUGAUGGACAAGCAAGUUGGUAUGGUCCAGAUAUUCAAUGUGAAGCUAGAUCAUGUGGACUGCCUGAAGACCCAUCUUACGGUUGGCAUGUUGGAGAAUGCUAUACAUUUGGAUGCCGUGUAGUUUAUAAUUGUGGCAACGGAUAUGAACUUGUUGGUAAACACGAACGAUAUUGUCAAGCAAAUGGUUCAUGGACACCAAAGGAACUUCCGACUUGUGUGUUUGUGGCCUCUGUAGUGUGUCCAACGCCGGAAAAUCCUAAGAACGGAAAAGCUACAUACACAACGUUGUCUUAUAAUUCAAUAGUAAGCUACGAAUGUCGAUAUGGAUAUACUUUAUUAGGUGAUAGCUCGAGUAGAUGUGGAGCUGACAGGAAAUGGAGCGGUGUGCUUCCUACAUGCAAAGAAAUAAAUUGCGGUCAUCCCGGCACUCUUUAUAAUGGUUGGAUUGAGAAUGCUGAUUCUGGAACUGGCUUGGGUGCUAGUGUUAUAUUCAGAUGCCUGCCAGAUAUGCUACUGCAAGGCUUUUCAUCAAGCGUUUGCCAAAUUGAUGGCAGAUGGCAUCAUUCGGUUCCAGAGUGUUUAGCACCAUGUGUCAUCCCAGCAAUUUCACAGGGUAAAGUAAGGCCUAUUGACCCAAUUCUAGAUGAUAAUGGGACAGCAACGACUGUCUUUCCGAUAACAACAACACAUGUUCCACUUUCGUUGCCGUACACUGAAAAGGUUAAUCAUGGAACAAUACUAGAAGUAAAAUGCUCAGAACACUAUGAGUUUCCGAUUAUAUUAGAUAGUCAUCCAACGUGCAAGAAUGGAACUUGGAGUACAAUUCCUCGUUGCAUCCCUGCCAGAUGUAAGGACAUGCCAAAAUCUCCGAAGCACGGAAUGGUUUUAGCUCCUAAAACCGAACAUGGAAUGAAGGCGACAUUUAAAUGUAGGGAUGGAUUUAUGUUGGUAGAUCCAGCUGGGAAAGAGAUUUUGAAUACCUAUGAUCAUGUGGUAACGUGUUCUUUUGGAAACUGGUCUGGAGAAACACCUCAAUGUCAAGAAGUGUACUGCUCAUUUCCGGGAUACAUACCAAAUGGAAAAGUUCUGCUUGUUGGAAACAUGGGGUUGUAUGACUAUCGCCCAUAUGUGAGAAAAGGUCACAAUUAUGGGGGUGAAAAAUUUCUAGGUAAACACAUGGAGUUACUCUUACCUACGAGGGAAUCUUUUUGUUGGAGAAGAAAAAAAUUUCUAUUUUCUAUUGGUAGCUCAUUUUCUUGGUAGCUCGAACUCAAUAAGUGACCAAUUUUAUGAAAUAAGUAAAGGUCUUAUCUCCAAGGAUAGACUGAUAUGGACAAUAAACAGCAAAACUCUAAACUUUUAAGCAGAAAAUAUGAUAUAUAAGUUUUUGGUGAACGCACAGAGAAAAAUAGACCACAUAAAAUAGAACAAAAACAAUAAGAUUUCUCUAUGGUUUUCAUCCAAGAAGGAAACCUUAUUAAAACAAUCGGGUUUUCCUUAUUGUUUUAAAAUCUGCAAAAAAAUAAAAAAAAAGAUGACCAGGCUGGGAAUCGAACUGGAGACUUCAAAUCAUUAGUGGCCCACCUUACCAUCUGAACCAACCUGCCAUGAAAAUAUUGAUCGCGAUUUUUGUUCUAGUGCUAAGUUGCAAAAAAAAUCAACUUUUCAGUCAAAUUUUAAUAAGAUUUUCUCUAUAAAAAUAAUAAGAAAUCUCCUUAAAAAAACCUUAUUUAUCGUUGAUUUUAAUAAGAUUUCCUUAUGAAAUGUAUGGACGGUAAAACAAUAUGGCAAUCGGUUAGUUUUUAGCGGGUCAUAUUUUUCUCUGUGCGGGCUUCAGGUCAAAUGCAACAAAUAUUUUCUUUUUGUCACAACGUUUCGUCCAUGUAUAUGGACGUCAUCAGGUGAACAAUGGUUUCUAUUUAAGCAUUGAUAAAUAUUAUAAGAAAUGUUAACAAAUUAUUCACAACACAGUAAAACUUACAAAAAUUAUUGUUACAUUUAAAUUUAAUAAUAAACUUCUUACAACUACACAGUAUAAAGUUUAACUGACGAGUAACAUGUCCUACAAACAUAACAUGAAAAAUUUAUUUGAACAUCACACACAUAGAGAUCAUGUUGCAGAGCUUUUUCUUUUUCUCUUCUCCACCAAAUGUUUGUACUGUGGGCUGACAUCUUCCAUAUCGGUUCUCCUGUUCAUUUUGUUAUCCGAUAUGGUAUGGGGGGUAUAAAAUGAAAAUUGAUGGAAGCAUUAGUACAAAAAUUACCUAUAGUUUCUUGGUUAGAAAGUUUGAACAACAUAUCACGCAGUUCUUUAAGUUUUGACUGUGCGCCAACAAAAUUUGUCGCAUUAUCACAAUGGAUGGUUUUAGGGAGACCUCUACGACCUAUUAUCCUUUUAAAGGCUGCUAUAAAGGCAUCCGCUGAAAGAUCAGACAAAUCUUCUAAAUGGACUGCUUUCGACGAAAAAUAGACAAAGACAGCCACAUAUGUUUUGUAUGGCACCUUGCCACGAAUUUUGUAAUAAGUGUAUAUUGGACCACAAAAGUCCACUCCGCAACAUAAAAAUGGGUGAGAUUGGGUCAAUCUAGCAGCAGGCAAAUCUCCCAUUACCUGCUCAAACAACUUUGGCCUGUAUCUGGCACAGUGUGGGCAUUUUCGAACUACCCAUCUUGCUACCUCACGAACAUUGACAAUCCAAAAUGUUUGUCUCGUCUGCGCGACAAGAGCCUUUGGACCAGCAUGUUAAUUUGAAAGGUGAAGAUGUCUGACGAGAGUUUUGGUGAAACUGCAAUCUUUUGGCAGUAAAAGUGGAUGCUUGCUUUCCUCUGGGAUGUUUGCAUGCUUCAAUCGGCCUCCGACUCUUAACAAACGAAUUCAACUGAAAUCAUCAACCUCGAUAAACGGACUUAGAGCUUUUAUAGAAUCUUUAAGUGAUUUGUUUUUAAUAAUGGCUUCGAUUUCUUCCGGAAAGUACUUCUUUUGAAUUAUAUAAACGAUGAUUUUUAGCGAAUUUUCUAGCUCGUUAGCUGUUAGAUACUCAUUUGGAAAUGGUAUUCUCCAUACUCGUAGGUUGAGAUACCUUUUGACGUAUGCGAAGAUUCGUAUCAAUUUUGUAAACGAGCUCACUCUUUCUAUUUGAUCGAGAUAGUAGUUUGGUUCGAGCUGUUGACAACUUAGAACCGUUUGUCUUUUUUCCAAUGAAGGUUCUUCUGGAGAAAGAUGGAUUUCUGCUGUGGAUGGCCAUUCUUCUUCUUCGUUCACCAGAAAUGAUGGACCUCCAAACCAAAGGGAAUUUUUAAUCUCAUCUACCGUGCAUCCUCGCGAAACUACAUCUGCCGGAUUUUCGUGUGUUGGGACGUGUCUCCGAACCACCUCUUUUGUUGUAUCCUGGAUUUCUGCAACUUGAUUUCCAACAAACGUAUUCAGUUUCGACGAAUGAGUAGAAAUCCAAUGCAACACAAUUGUCGAAUCAGUCCAGAAAUACGCCUUCGAGUAGUUUGAAUCUACAAUUUUUUGAAUUUUGACCCAGAGUUUGGCUAGAAGGUGUGCUGCACAAAGUUCUAGUCUAGGAAGUUGUCUCUUUUUUGCGAGUGCAACUCGAGACUUUGCGACUAACAGCUUCACAUUAACUGACCCAUAGGAAUCUAAACUUCGCAAAUAUAUACAGCAUCCAUAAGCCUUCAUUGAUGCGUCUGUAAAACCAUGGACUUCACAACUUAUUUUGUUUUCAAGAAAAACAUAUCGAGGAAUGUGCAAAUGUUGGAGUGAGUGAAGAUCAGUGAUGAAUUGAAUCCACUCUGCUUCAAUUGCUUCUGGAAUGGAUUCAUCCCAAUCCAGCUUUUCUAUCCAAAGCUGCUGGAGAACUAUUUUUGCUCGGAUUAUGAUGGGACUUAGCAAACCCAUUGAAUCAAAGAGUGAAGAUGACAGUGAGAGAAUUGAUCUCUUGGUAUACUUUGUAUAGGUUUGGUUGGGUUUAUACGAAAAACUAAAUUGAUUCGUACUAGGAUUCCAAGCUAUACCCAAAGUACUAGUUAAAUUUGAUUCGGUAAGCUUAAUUUAUUUUCUUGUAGCUUCUUGAAUCAAAGAAAAAUGAUUGCUAUUCCAUUUCGACAGCUCAACCCAGCAGAAUUCAGGAUGGAAACUACUUCGUUCCUUUUGCGAGUUAACGUUUCUAAAUCGUCUGCCCCAGUUAGCAUGUCGUCCACAUAAAAGUCGUUGCUAAGACAUGAAGCACCUAAACUGAAGCGGUCUUGAUUUGUAUAUGCCAAGUAUUGAAGACAACGAAUUGCCAGGAACGGAGCUGAUGAAGUACCAUAUGUGAUGGUGUUUAAUUGAUAAGUUUAAACUGGAGUUUGUGAAUUCUCUCUCCACAAAAUAUACUGCAAACUUCUUUGCGAUGGAUGUACCAAGACUUGUCGAUACAUUUUGACGAUGUCUCCAGUCAAGGCAUAUCUAUAUAGUCGAAAGUGAAGCAGUGUUAUGAGAAGUUCGUCCAAGACAAGCUCCAAGACAAGACAAGAAGGAUCUUUCUUCAAAGGCAAUUGGACCAUAAGACGACCACUUGGAAGAACCUCUACUGUUUUUAUGAAAUGAUUCAAUUCAAUUUCAAUUUUGUUUUAUUGAACAUACUAUAUACAAUUGACUUAAGCUUAACUUAUUUCUAAUAAGAUACAUUGAUUGAUACAAAAUUUUUGGCACAUAUGGGGCCUAACCUUAUACAAUGGAUAAAAGAUAAAAUAUAUAUAAAUAUAGUACAUGAAUAGCUUAAUUUUACAAGUCUGCUGACUAGGU